AGCACAUACAUGUAGCAACCACAAAGGGAGUUGUAACAUUCUUAGGUUAGGUACACUUGACUAACACAGGCCGAAUUAUCAAACUUUUAAAAUCCAUGUCUAAAACUAAGCCCCGCCUGCUUUCUACCUAUGACAAUCUAUUUCCAAACCCUCAUCUGAGUUUAAGUUGAAAUUGCUCUAUUAAUUCUACUUGGAAUUCAGAACAUGAUGUCAGAUUAACAACCCAUCGUACCCGGUAUUGAAGCGAUGGAUAAAGGUACUACUAACGGUGUCGAGCCGUGGAGGCAAACUCGCCUCGGAGACGAACCGAUUUACUGCGCCGCACCGACUCCGUUGACCCCGGACGACAUUAUCUGCCUAGGUUCAGACGAAGAACUCGAUGACGACGAAAAGCUUGCAAGGAGGCUAAGAUAUGAGGCACAGGCACUGCGAUAUCUACAGGGUAAGCCGGUGCGAGUCCUAUCCGCAUCUCUACAUGGACCCUUCGACAAAGCCUCAGGCUGGAAGAAUCCUUGGCUCCCGAAACAACCCACAACCAAGAAAUCCGUUCUCAAAUCAUCCCAAUAUCCGACCAAACCCAUCCCGCCGUUCAGGGAUCACAUCCACAAAGUUUCCCAACGAUUAGGGCAGCAAUAUGGUAGUACGCCUGGCACCGCCAGCUCUGCGCGUUGCCAUUUACCCAGUCCUGAAAGUAACCGAGAGUUACAAUUCUCUAGCAAUACGUCGGAGACAGAGAAGCAUAGUCGAAUACAGGCUUGGGCAAAGGAGGUAUCAAAAGGUGCCAUAUUAGAGAGAGAUGCUUUCUGGGCACCCGAAGUACUCCACGAAGACAAUGAUGAGCCUAGAAAGAAGCGACCUGCAGGGAAAGAAUGGUUAAAGAAAACAUCAAAGCGGAAAAGACUGAGCAGUCCACAAAGCACACACAGAGGGUCUACUCCCACGCCGCUACUGCCGACACAACCACCAGUCCGAAGUACAUCGGUGCCUAUAAAUGCACGCUAUCUCGAAAAGUCGGGUUACACAAAGCUUAAGGUCAGCCAGAGCUUCGAAUUCGCUACUCCAUCGUCUACUCUUAGCCCGAGCCAUCGGGAAGUUAAGUACGAAAGAGAGGUUAAAGUUCCCACGCAGGGUAAGAUGAUGCCAUCACCAGACGAAUUAUCCAAUGGCAUUCAACUAGAUGUCAAGGACACGAUAGUGUGGCCUACGAGCACAGCAGUUAACUCCACACACGAUCAGUUCCUCUUAGAGAACAAAGAAUGCAAACCAGUUUUGGAUCCCGAAAGAGGUAACCAUUCAAACGAGUCCUUUAAAAGUCCGAUCAGUCAAGAGGCUCAGGUGGGCCAAGAAGCAGAAGAGGAACCAGCCUUCGAGAGUUAUAUCGACCAAAGCUUUCACUAUCGAGCGCGGCUCCCGAUCCAGGCCUCCCCCGUAACUGGACCGAAUGUCUCAGCUAUGAGCGUUCAUUCUAAGCUGACUCAGACUGGAAUGCCUGAGUCUCCGGGCGGCGAAGAUGCAGUAGCUACCGCCAUCCCCGAGAAUCGGUGCCCUCUGGAGAAUAUUACAAUGUUAGAACAGUAUGUCAACAUGGAAUCAGUAGCUAUAGCUCAAGCAUCCGUGGAUCUACUAGAAUCCAUGUGUAGCCGAGGGAAAAAUGAUGACAUUCAAAGCGGUAUGUGCCAGCCAGCACCGUCAGCACUAAAUGAAGACCGGAUAAUCAACGGUAAUAGCGAUGAACAAUACAAGUGCAACGAGACCAUUGGUUGUACAACCGUAAUAGAAACUGGGCUUUCUAGUAAUCAAAAAACAUAUAAUGAGAACCCUUAUCCAGCACAAGUCGAUACAACUGGCAUUUCAAUUUUGGCGGAGACUGCCAACGCCCUUCACACAGAGAAUAGGGCUACGGAGAACGACAUUCCAGACGUGGUAACCAACAACUCGCAGAUAUCGCAUAUAGUACUUAAUGUUGAAACAACGAGAAACACCAAUACCCUAGAAGGCCCCGCGACGCUCGAAACACAUCCAACCAAAUUCGGACUAUUAGUAGAUGAGGGGUCUACCUUGAUCGGUGAUCCAAUGAAUUUUAAUCGGGCCUCGCCAAUUGAGGCCAAUGGUUUGCUUACACUUAACCACGUAUCUAACAACGCAGAUAUAAAGGCCGAAGCACACGAUCCAAUAAGAAAUUUAGUAAGAAUAACACGAGAGCUAGAAUCGGAUACCGAAUCCGAUCCAGUCAUAGUACCAUUGUCACAAUUAGAAUGGGACAUUGGCGAAGAUAAACUGAAGAUCGUAGUUGCCAACGAUGAAGAGGCUCCUGAGGACACCUUGACCAAGGCCUCUCUAUUAGAUCCUCCAGAAUCUUUUACACGAGAAAGUCCAUGGGUCUCUGAUUAUCUUCCAGGGGCGAAUCUAACAACCGAGCACAUAAAGUUGGAGCCUAUUGAAUAUGAAUCCUCACGUUGUCCUUAUCUGUCCCAGACAAUGUUGCCAGGUUCCCAAACAGGCGGUCAUGAAGUACCUAAGAUUGGGCCAUCACAACAGAGCCCCUGGGAAAAUGAGAUCUUGGAAUCCGCAAAACCAGAUAGGCGAGACUGGUAUUCUACUACGGUUGGAGAGACGACACACGCAAACGCAUUACUUAGUACAACAACAUCUAAGAAACGUCGGAGUCCCUCACCUACAACAGAAUUAGACAUGGUGCCCCGUUCUGAAUGCCCACCUAUUUCGCCUACACCGGCAACUUCUGAUAAAGAUUCAUUAUUUCCACCCCCUCAAUCCCCCAUAGUAACUCAUGAAUCAGACAUUCGGUUCUCAGAACAUAGAGCUAGUCCUCCUACUACACCUCCUCGAAUGUCUGUGCUUCACAUGCGUACCCCUGACCUUGAAAGGUCGAUCAAGCCAUUCUCCUUAUUCAAUACCCCAUCGCCGAAGCGCCAACGGCGAAACUCUAAGCAAUAUUCAUCUACCAACCGUACCGUUGGGAUUCUAUUAAAUGCCACACAUUUAAACCCACGGAGUAGCGAGAAGUCGACGCGGCGAGUGUCAUUCGCUCUGUUACCAGACGAAGAUAAUGCCGACACUCCGCCAGUAUUCAACACCACGAGAGCCACAUCACCCCCGCCACAGAUACCCGUCAAUACUGGAGACGAGGAUAUAGAUAACCAAUUCCAGGGACAUUUUGAUGCCAUGAAGCGACGCGCCAAUGAUAGGAAUGUCCGACUUCGACUGCAGUCACGGCUACUCCCGAGCCCCUCCCAGCAAAAGCUUACGAGCCCACAUAUUGGCGCGAUGGCCGAAGCCUUUCGGGAGGCAGACGCAUACUCAGCCUAUGCACGUGAGGAUUUAGUAAAGAACGAGGAGGGCUGUACUGAAGAUGUUGCUGAGAAUAUAGUUGAGGAUAUGGCUGAUAUAGAGCAAUCACCAUGGCGAAAAGAGAGCCAGGGUAUAGAUCACGUUGCAGACGUUAUGGAGAACCUGGAUGAAUUUAUCAAUGCUUGGGACGUGAACGUCGAACUUCAGAAGGCGAGACAGGAGAGGGGCAGAGACAGCCUGGAUGGGGAAGCCUUCUGGUGAGGACAGAUAUGGCUGCAUGACAUGGAUGUAUAAUGAUAACAUGGGAUUAAGUGCAAGGAAAUCAUGUUGACACCCUCAGGUGCACGUUGCUGUCCAGUAUGGCUAGGAGUUUGGUCAGUCACGAUAUGACAAAUAGCAUGGUUUUGGAGUAAUUGAGGGCUGCAUUUUGUCGUGAGGCUUUGCUUACCUUACAAGGGCAAUACAAUGUCCAUUCAUAAUAUAAGACUAAGUUUAUGUCUAGUGUCUCCUAGGAUUUCAUUUAACUAUAAGCAUCGCUAAUACAGGAGACACUAAUACUUAUUACAUUGUAAGCAGCUUGGUCACGUUUAAGGGCUUUUCGAUAAGAUGACUUAAGAUAUAGCUAC